AUGAAGAUUCCGGGGGCCAAGGACAGCAUCGAUGAGGCUACCUUUGAGCAGAUCCUCGAGAUGGACGACGACGAGGACGAGAGGGAGUUCUCCAAGAGUAUAGUCUACGACUUCUUCACCCAGGCCGAGAGCACCUUUGAAAAAAUGGACUCCAACCUUGAGAAAAAGGACCUCAAGACGCUAUCCGAGCUCGGUCACUUCCUCAAAGGCUCGUCCGCGACGCUCGGCCUGAGCAAGGUCAAGGACUCCUGCGAGAAGAUCCAGAACUACGGCCAGAAAAAGGACGAGAAGGGCGAGAAGGACAUCACUGAGGACGAGGGCCUGAAGAAGCUGGAGACGACCAUCAAGCAGGCGAAGCAGGAAUUCCACGAUGUGGAGAAGGUCCUCAGGAAGUUCUACAACGACGAGCAAUGA